GAUGGCGGAGAAGAAGGAGCAUUGUGUUCGGGAAAUAUCUUCCUUUGUGACUCAUACUGCAACGGAAAUGGAAAGAAUUCUGUCGCGUUUUAAGUGGAGAAAAGAAGAUUUAUUGAAGAAGGUCAACAGUUCAAAGUUGAUACACUGUCCAUAUGACUUCAGCCACAGAAUACCAGCAUCAAGACUCAAUAAACACUUAUCUCUUUGCCAGUACAAAACAAAGGACAUUAAUCCUCAGGAUGUCUGUACUAGCCCUGAAUUCUUCUACCAAACAUGCAAGGCAGUGAUACCAAUUGCUAUAGAUGAAAAGCACUACAGUUCUCUCAAAAACGGCCAUGAAAGUGGCAAAUUAGAUACUGGAGUCCACAUGAGGGUCGAUAACAAGGCAGUACCAACAUGUUGUUCCUUGUUGACACCAAAAGAAAGAUCUGCACAUAACACUCAGAGCAUGAUGGUUGAUGGGAGGACUUGUCACAAUGAUUCAGCACAUGAGAUAAGGUCAAUAAUGGCAUGGGAAGUGAUACCAUCCUCUCAACUGCAGCUAGAGCUUCAUCUUUUGUCACAAGAAGAAAUCAAGACUUGGAUCAUUGGGAACUUACCACAAGUUCAGUACUUGAGUUCUGUUGAUGGUGCCAGUGAACAUUUGGUGGAUUUUGUUUUGUCCUGCCUUCAAGAGGAGAAAGUUGCUCAUCCCAGUGGAUUGGAAGAAAUGCUGAAAGAUUUUUUAGGAGAUGAAACAAAGGCUUUUGUUUUGAACCUGUGGAAGUUUCUGGCUGUUUCAGUUACCAAGGAGAAAAACUCUGCCAUCUACUCUCAGAUGGAAAACAAGACGCAAGAUUCUUCAGCCAAUAGCUUUGAAACAAAGACAGACGUUCAGGACCACCCAGAACCUGUUGGAAGCCCCGUGAAAGAAAUACCUCUCCCGAUGGACCGAGUAAUAUCUGACUUCUCUCCCCAACAACGGCUCACUGUCUAUGAGCACGUGAUACAGGCUGCAAAGGCAAAACGAGAAACAGACAAACAGGAGAUGGAUUUAGAAAUUGUUUCUGACUCGAAUGAGUCUAAAGGAACAGAGGGUGAUCAACCAAAAACUCAUUUUGAAGUGUUAGCUGAACAGCGUGACUACAAACGUCGGCGACAGAGCUACCGGGCGAAGAAUGUACACAUCACCAAAAGGAGUGCUGUUGAGGUAAUGCGAGACCUUAUCGAGACGCAAAUGCACGUAUUAGAAAUGCAGUACAAAGAAGAACACGGCAUUACUGGUAAUAAUUCUGAUGUUGGAGACAUGCCUGAAGAGGAGCGCGAAAAUAAAGCAGACUUCAAGGAUGGUACGAGACGAGGGAUGAGAGACGAUGAAGAGACUCGACGAGUGGAACGAGACAGAAGGCAACGCAGAGGAGGGAAUAAACGGGUUUGGUAUUACGACAACAGAGACUCAGAUACCAAGAGAUCGAGGAGAUGAUAAUGUACAAAUGAACCUUUUUAAGAUAAGCGAAUGAAGACGUAUUUGUGAAUAUUUAAAUAAAAUUGGCAAGCUCUGCAUGCAAGGGAUA